CCCUCCUCUCUCAUGCAUUACUUUAAGCAAUAUCUACCCUCUCUCUCCAUUUCCCCACUUAUAUAUAAAUAUAUCCCAUCACCUUCUCUACAAUAUCUCCAAACCCAAUUUCACUCUCUUCUUCUUUUUCUUGUUUCUUGUUUCCUGGUCUUGCUCUUGCUCUGUUUCUUAUUUGGUGUGUAUUGAGUACAGUGUAAAAGAUAGUUAAACAGAGCCAUGGUGGUUCUUUCACAAACAGCAUUAGACCAUUUCUCUUUAAUCAAAACAUGCAAACCAUCUUCAGGUUUGUUUAAUGGGAUUCCAGUGAUAGACUUGACAGACCCUGAAGCCAAAAACCUCUUAGUUCAAGCUUGUCAGGAAUUUGGCUUCUUUAAAUUAGUCAAUCAUGGUGUCCCUAUUGAUUUCAUGACUCGAUUAGAGUCUCUUGCUAUCAACUUUUUUAACCUUCCUCAAUCUGAGAAAGAUAAAGCUGGUCCUCCUGACCCUUUUGGUUAUGGCAAUAAAAGAAUUGGCCCUAAUGGUGAUAUCGGUUGGAUUGAGUAUCUUCUCCUCAAUACCAAUCCUCAAAUUACUUCUCAAACUACCCUCUCCAUUUUCAAAGAAAACCCACAAAUUUUCAGGUCUGCUGUGGAAGAUUACAUAUUGGCAGUGAAGAAAAUGGCUUAUGAAGUACUGGAACUGAUGGCUGAUGGAUUGGGGAUAAAGCCAAGGAAUGUAUUGAGUAGGAUGUUAAAGGAUGAUAAGAGUGAUUCAUGUUUCAGGCUAAAUUACUAUCCACCAUGUCCAGAGCUUCAACUGCAACCAUUAAGCGGUAGAAAUCUGGUUGGGUUUGGGGAGCAUACAGACCCACAGAUAAUUUCUGUCUUAAGAUCUAACAACACAACUGGCCUGCAAAUCUGUCUGAGAGAUGGGACUUGGGUUUCAGUCCCACCUGAUCAGACCUCCUUUUUCAUCAAUGUUGGUGAUGCCUUACAGGUAAUGACAAACGGAAGGUUUAAAAGUGUGAAGCAUAGAGUUUUGGCUGACACAAUGAGAUCAAGGAUUUCAAUGAUAUAUUUUGGCGGUCCACCUUUGAGUGAAAAGAUUGCACCUUUACCUUCUGUGUUGAGAGAAGGAGAAGAAAGCUUAUAUGAACAGUUCACAUGGUGUGAAUACAAGAGGUCAGCUUACAAGUCCAGGUUGGCGGAUUACAGGCUUGGGCUAUUUGAAAAAAACUGCAGGCCGUCAAUUGUGUAAUCAACAAAAAACAUAUUUUACUUUAGCAGAAGAAAAAAAAAAAAAAGAAGAAUAUUGUUAGGGUUUUGUCAAAGUCAAAAAUAGGUUUGAAAGAGUUGACUCAACUUGCCAUAGAUGGAAAAGAUAUAGGUGGUUCUUUUACUUUUCCAGGUGACUUCUUUUCUCCUUUUUUUUUUUUUUUUCUUUCCCUCGUUUUCUUUUAGCCUACUACUACUACUACUACUACUACCCAUCUCAUCUGCUUUAGGUCUAAAUGUAACAGCAACUUUUUCUAUUUCAUUAAUGCAAGUUUAUCAUCAUCAUGUCAUCA